AUGAUUACAACAAACAAAAAAAACAGCAAAACAACAACAGCAACUAUAGCAACAACCACGUCUACUACAACACCCGCGCCACCAGCGGCGGCGGGCACAAUAGCACCAGCUGUAACAACAGCAAGAGCUAUUACACGCACACCAGAAACGCCAAGCAGCAACACGCUAGAAGGCUCUAAGAGCGUCAGGCGCAAGAGCAGCUUCUUGGACCAGCUAACAGCAGAGGAAGCAUCGCUGUUCAUUGAGAAUGCGAGGGAUGACGAACAUCCAGGCACCAGUGAAGAGGCCUCCUGUAGCAGGACACAGGGAAAAAAGCCAACUCUGGAACAACAACAAAAAUGGGCUCAUCUCAAGCUAGCCGAUCCUAACAGCCACUCCCCAUCUCAAAUUGACCUAGUCAUUGGCAGUGACUUUAUCCCUCAAAUAAUUCUCGAAGGCAUUGAAAAACUCUCGAAGAACUUGUUAGCUCAAAACACGAUAUUUGGCUGGAUACUGAGUGGUCAAAUCCCCGAAAAGGUAUCGUGCUUCUCAACUCAGGUAGAACAAAUCUCGAAUGAGCGCCUAGAUUCCCAACUCCGAAGAUUCCGGGAACUUGAAGAAGUUCCAAAACCCAAAAUAGCCAAUCCCGAACAUGAAAUGUGUGAAAAUUUGUUCAAGUCUACAACCACAAGAGCUCCCGAUGGUCGUUAUGUGGUCCGGCUCCCUUUCAAACCAAGUUUUCUGGAAAAAAUCGCUUUAGGCCAGUCUCGUACCUCAGAUCUCCAACAAUUUCUCAGCAUGGAGAGAAGUCUUCUUAAAAAAACUGAUCUUAAACCUCUUUACGACAACGUGUUAGAGGAAUAUGCAACCCUUAGCCAUAUGGAAGUAACAACUCCAUAUGAAAGCGCCUCAGGAGAAAAAUUUUGGGCGUUCUAUCUCCUUCACCAUGCGGUGGUAAAACCCGAAAAGAAAACGGCAAAGUUAAGAGUCGUCUUCAAUGCAUCUAAGAAGUCAGGGUCAGGUUACUCUCUCAAUGAUGUCCUCUGUACAGGACCCACCCUCCAACCCGACCUGAUGCUAUUGAUACUCAAAUGGCGCACGUAUAAGUUCGUUUUCAAUAGCGAUGUCGAGAAAAUGUAUCGUCAAAUACUUCUACACGAAGGCGACCAAGAUUAUCAACAAAUUGUAUUUCGUUCAGAAACAAAUAGUCCCAUACACGAUUACAAAUUGAAAACCGUGACCUUCGGUGUGAACUGUGCGCCUUACAUCACAAUACGUACCCUGCACCAACUCGCAUGGGUGCCAGGUCAUAGAGACAUACCUGGCAACUGUGCUGCGGACGAGCUGGCCCGGAAAGGAACCCAACUGUCUACCAUCAGUACCGCUCGUAAUGCGGGUACACCGCUAUCUUCUUGUAAACUCUGGCUGCAGAAUAACUUUAUCGAACGGGCAAAUGCAAAAUGUCUGCAGAGCCCACGAGCAGGAUAG